GUAUGAACAGAAGUUUAUUUACUAGAUUUCUAUUUUCCUUUCACAUACACGUAAUCACCAAGGUCCUGCGUUGUCUCUCACUUUGGAGUUGCUCAACGGUUCUCCUUCCUUCCGGCGUCUCCUUCUUUAGGCUCACGAGGCUCCCCCCUCCGUUUUUAACGGUUCGAGGCGUUCGCUUUUAAAACACUCUUUUGCCAACUACUGUGUGCACAUCACCUUCGUCGACACUGUGAAGAUGAGUCAACAACCAGUGAUUGUGGUGAACCAGCGCGUGCAGCGCGAGUCGGGCCGCAAGGCUCAGAUGAACAACAUCGAGGCCGCCAAGACGGUCGCUAGCCUGAUCAGCAGCACACUGGGUCCGUGCGCGAUGCUGAAGAUGAUCAUCGAUCCCAUGGGCGGCACGGUGCUGACGAAUGACGGCAACUGCAUUCUGCGCGAGAUUGACGUAGUGCACCCGGCUGCGAAGCACAUGCUGGAGCUUGCCCGUGCGCAGGACGAGGAGGUCGGUGACGGCACCACCUCCGUCAUCAUCCUGACCGGUGAAAUUCUGAGCCUCGCGCAGCCGCUGCUGGAACGCAACAUUCACCCGCUGAAGAUCGUCAAGGGCUUUACGCAGGCGCUCACCGACGCCCUCGCUGCCGUGGAAAGCAUCGCCACCUCUAUUGACCCCGAAAACAAGGAGCAGCUGGAGGAGGUGGUGCGCGCCUGCUUGGGCACCAAGUUCAACUCGCGCGAGGAGGAGCUGAUGUGCCGCAUGGCCGUUGAGGCCACCCUGCGCGUGGUGCAGGUGAACCCUGUGACGGGGGUGAAGGACAUCGACAUCAAGCGCUACGCCAAGGUGGAGAAGAUCCCCGGCGGCUCCAUCACCGACAGCGUCGUACUGGACGGCGUCAUGUUCAACAAGGACCACAUCCACUCCAAGAUGCGCCGCGUCAUCGAAAACCCGCGUAUCCUUCUCCUGGACUGCCCCUUAGAGUACAAGAAGCCCGAGACGGCGAUUAACGUCGAGGUGACCAAGGACACCGACUGGGAAGCGCUGCUGAAGCAGGAGGAGGACUACGUGCGCACCAUCUGCAACGUCAUCAUCUCCUUCAAGCCGGACGUAGUGAUCACAGAGAAGGGCGCGUCCGAUCUAGCGGCGCAUUUCCUGUACAAGGCAGGCAUUACCUGCAUCCGCCGUCUCCGCAAGACAGACAACAACCGCGUUGCGCGUGCCACUGGCGCCACCAUCGUUAGCCGCGUGGAGGAGCUGACGGAGGAGCACCUCGGCAAGGCCGGCCUCUUCGAAAUCAAGAAGAUUGGCGACGAGUACUUCACCUUCAUCACCGGCUGCCCAGCCGGCUCGGCUUGCAGCAUCCUUCUUCGCGGUGCAAGCAAGGACACGUUGAAUGAGAUGGAGCGCAACCUGCACGACGCCAUGUGCGUAGCGCGCAACAUCAUCCUCGAGCCCCGCAUCAUCUGCGGCGCGGCGUCGUGUGAGAUGUCGGUCUCCUCGAAGCUCAUGGCGAAGGCCAAGACAAUCGGAGGAGUGGAGCAGGCGGCCUACCAGGCGGUGGCGAUGGCGUUGGAGGUGGUGCCCCGCAUCUUGACCAGCAACUGCGGCGCCAACGUGAUUCGGGUGGUGACCGACCUGCGCGCGCGUCACGCCGAUCCGGAAGGGUGGUACUGGGGCAUCAACGGACAAACGGGAGAGAUUGUGGACGUGCGCACCAUCAAGAUCAUCGAGCCGGCUGCCGUGAAGAUCCAGGCGCUGAAAACAGCCAUCGAGGCCGCUUCCAUGAUCCUGCGCGUGGACGACGUCGUGUCUUGCACGAAGCUGCGUGAUGAUAAGCCGGCCGCGAAGCCGCAGCAGCAGCAAGACGAGGACCCGGAGGCUGCACCGGAGCAGUAA